CUCCGCCCAGCUGGAAGCGAGAGGACGGUGUCGGGAUGAUAAACUGCUUUUGGGAAGUCGGUCCGUGCUGUGCGGUUGCCUGCUGUGGGUUACUUUGUUUACAAGACUAUAGGUGUUGUUUUGUAUCGGGGUUUCACGUCAUUCACGGAGUUUGUUUACGUUCGGCCGUACGGGCUGCGUGUUGUUUUCCCCCCUCGGUGGUGCUCGGUGUCGUCGGGGCUGACACCGUGACACUUUAAAGUAGCGGCUCAGUGAUACAGUCGCCUCGGGCUGCCUCUAAUGGAGAAGUGGAAGUAACAUUACUUCGGGGAAUUUUGAGGAAUUCCCAACACUUUGCGGUUUUCCAGUGAACUCGUCUUAAUUGCUUACAGGACUCCACCUCGUUGAUUCGGUUGGUGUCGACACAGAAGCUGACAUGAAGCGCAGAGAUUUCCAUUGAACUUGUGCAGCACAGUGACUGUUGGCUAUGGGCUAGCUCUCACUCCAUGAAUGAAUCGCAUAAAGAGUGUUUGUAAACGGAAAGUGAAAGACUACCUCCGCUUUACAACAUGUUGUUAUUAAGUACAAGACGACGAAACAAGUGGACUGUUUGCUGACCCACCUUUAAGGCUGUAAAUAUGCUUCUAACGGCAUAACUCAGUUGUGUGUGAUUCCAUGUUCCUCCAUGCCUUUUUUGGCAUCUAAUGGAAGAAAAAGCUCCCAUCAGAUCCGCCAUGGUAUCCAGACUGCCUAAGUUCGGUGGACGCUCCUCCACUGGUGGCACAAGCCCCUUGACCAAUGGUUCCACCCAGCCAACUACGCCUACCCAAGAUGGUAAGACCACUCCCCCUGGAACACGGCAAAACGGUGUGAUCCGUGCCUCUCCUUUUUCACUAAGGUGGAAGAGAGACGAGGGGACCACCCCUUCUAGCCCUACCACACCCACCAGCCCUGGGGACGGAGGUGAAGACAAAGCUCAGACCCAGUUUCCCUCUUUAACAAAGGAGUUAAAAAGUGGGUCUCCAGCAACACCCAAGAUGCGGCACCCAGGUUCUUUGAUGGUAGCCGUUUCCAGUCCUAAGGCCAUCCCCAAGCAGUCCUUGAAGAUGAGUCCCAAAGUAGGAACCAAGCAAGGCCAAAGCCAGCUGAAUGGAGGCCCUAAAAUAACCCAUAAUGGUUCUAGUAUCCCUGCUCGAACAGGUUCAGAGUCUCGCCUUGUGCGGCCAAGGUUAGGCUCCAGCUCUCCCAGGAGCAGCUCUCAAGACAGCCUCUCCCAGUCCAGUGACGGUCUAAAGACCUUGGCACUGGACAACAUGGUGCGUUCCAACAGCUUCACUCACUUCAAGCAGAUUCCCUCACCCACCAGCCAGCCUAUGACGCGGUCCUUCUCCUUUAACCGGGCUGUGGAGCUGGCCAAGCCUCUGGCGAACACUCAGCUCCGGCCUCCUCGGAGUAGUUUCCUCAAACCCCCUCAGCUGAGCAAUGGAAGAGUGGGUUUAGGACUCGGAAGCCUGAAUGGCAGCCUUGGAGGUUCAGGAGGUCUUCAGUACAGUAGAACUCCCCCAGCUGCCUCCUCUCUGCCCACCCUCUCGAUCCUUCCAGCACCCACUACUCCCAGUGCUCUGAGGAAGCCUCUACUCCCCAGUUGUGUGCUAACCAAGUCAUUGGGUAGCAGUGGGGGGUCUUUGGGCUACAGACUGACUCGAUCUGGGCAGGCUAAGCAACAGAAGCCUCUUUUUACAGGUAGGGUCAAGGGGGAUAUCAGACCUCCAGCUGCCCCUGAAUGUGGAGAGCUAUUAGGUAUAGCAAUAGAAACUGGGCCAACUGGGGAGGCUGACAAAGCGGACUCACACAGUGACAGUGAUGGAAGCUCUGGAGGUAGAAAUGAAGGAGGGAGUGGUGUGCCUAAGCAGAGCUCUGGCCAGGCGGAAGGCGAGACUCUGGAGGACAUGUCCUUAUCUUCUGCCUCAUCUCUAGACAGAGGGGACACAAGUGAAGACUUUCUAGAUGACAUUUACAGUGUGGGAGAUGUGCUCAGUGAUGGGAACCUGCCUGACAACAGGAAAACUGGCAGCAUUGCCCAAACCCGGCUUCACAGCUUUCUCAAUGAGACCCUUGACUGGGACACUUUGGAUCUGGAAGGACAUGAAGAAGAAAGCCCUAUGCAGGACUCCCAGGGACCACUGGUAUUGUCAUCAGAGCAGUGUGAUGCCCUACAGGCUUCAUCUGUGGAGCUCUCACCCUCCAACAGCUCUGGUGGGACCUACAUGUGGGAUGAGGAUGGUCUUGAGCCCCUUGGGGGUCCUGGGACACAUCCGUGUGACAGCUAUGAUGACUCAGAGCUCAACAGCGUGGAUAUUUUGAACAAUCUGGACCCUCCGGGAACUGGAGAGUUGGACGACGAUGACCUCAUGUUGGAUGUGGACCUCCCAGAGGAUGGCUUGCAUGACUCUGACAGGAUGUCCCACAUUGAGCGCUCAGAGAGGGCCGGUCGGCAGGGGCAACGGCGUAAGCACCACCGCUGGAGUGGACCAGAUCACUUCCACAAUGAUAGCAGGGCCCAUGUCUUCCAGCACUAUGAUGGUCUCAAGGCUUCAAGGAUCUCUUCACGGCCCGUCCUCUCUGAAGGCAGACAGCAAGGCUACAUGGCGAUGCUGGAUGAACUCACACUCGAACACAUGACUCAGGAUUGCAGCUCCCUCAAGAACCAGCUGCUCAGGCUCAAAACGUUACUACAGCUUGAGGAUACAGACUCUCCAGCAGAUGUUCCUGAGGAAAUCGAAGACAAUACUACUGCAUCACAGUUGGGGGAGCUGAUUAAGGAAGUUCAGGUGCUUAGAGAGGAGCUGAGGAGUCGAGACAAGACCAUUGCUCAGCUCACAUUGCAGUGUCAACAGCUACAACAUCAGCGGGAACAAGUGCCUGCUCAAGGCCGACAGUUCCGGUGUCAGUGCCACCACCAGAGGGCUCCCUCUUCACUACGACAGAACGAAAGACAGAUGGACAAACGGAUGCAGCAUCACUAUGACAAGGCCACCCAGACAUACUGGAGACCACCGAGUCACGCUGGUGUGCUGCCCACCCCAAUGCUGUCCCCGUGGCAGGCACAGCACCAGGGCUUGACCCGUACCAGCAUGCCCCAGCGCAGACAGAUGGAGGACAACACCAUGGUUGGUCUAAAUUCCAUGUGGUUAGCGGCUCAGCACGUUCUUACACUGGCAGCAGGCAUCAUAGCUCUGGGUUUGAAUGUUUUGAAGCCCCUCUGCAGCAGCGAUCACAAAAUGACUCCAAAGACUUCAGUGGAUUCCAAGCACUCACAUGGCAAGCCUCAAAUACUACAGCCUUUCAACCCCUGCCUCAGCGAGCACCUCCACCAGGGAAGACUAGUAAAAACUCCCCCCACCGAGGGCCACAAUGACCUCACAAGAAGCGGACUAGAGGAAGGAACCCGUAUAGAUGCUGACCAUCCUCUUGAAAACCUUACUGCAGAUGUGUCUGGGCCAGCAGACAAGCUGAGUCGUCCCCUCAGCACUCACCUGCACCACCAAGGCUCUGGGGCUCCACAGGGGGUAAAUGCCAGAGUCAGACCAGCAUCAGCAGCUCAGUCUGCAGCCCAGCACGAGUGGAAAGCCCCCGCUGUGAUACUGCAGAACUCUAUCCCUCCUAGAUCUGCUGGUUCGACUUGUCCACGCAUGCUGCAGCCUCCUCGCCUUCACAAGCGCGUGUCUCUCCCUGCACUCAAGCCAGGGGGCACCGGCGGCUUUGCCUCUCUGAAACCAGGGGGUUCCUUAGGGCCUCUGGCUAACCGGACCAAGCAGCUGCCCCCGCCGACUAGAGGCCUUCCCUGUUUUAAUACUGGACCCCAGGUGCAGGCUCGAAGUCUGUGUCGCACUUCGCUCUUUCAGCCUCGCAGAGCAUCAGAACCUUGCAGGGAUCCACGGGGCACCAACUGCAGCCUGGAGGAGCCCAACCAGGGGACGUUCAAAGACCCUGGGUCAGCCAAGAUCCUGAUCCCUUUGAGCCACUCAUACCUCCCCAAGCCAAAGAUUCCCUGAGGAGCUUAAACCCAACCAUCAAAAGUUAAAACCGGAAUCACUAUGACAUUGAUAUUCAUCCCCUUCUCUCCCCAGUCAUUAUAUCAGUGUCAUUGUUUCACUGUUUGAGUGUCAAAGGAACACUAAGCUCAUUAACGCACGUGAACCAUUCAGGGACUGCCUGUGUCCAUGACAUUGGUAUUGUAACUGCUGUACUGUUUCUAAUUAGCAUGUGCAGCUCCAGCCUGACUGAUUGACUGACUAAGGAUCUUAUGUUCACAACAAACCGUAGCGGUUAGAGAUGUUCCGAUACCACUUUUUCCUUCCCGAUACAGAUUCUGAUACAGAUCUUUAAAAAAUACUGAUCUGAUACAAGUGUGUUAAAAACAUAUAAAUAUUAUUAUUAUUAUUAUUAUUUAACAGCUGUAUACUACUAACCAUGUAUGAUUGCUACCAUUGUUGUAUGUUCUGGGUUAGGUUAAAACCUUUGUAAAACAUGAACAAAUACAUAUAGAAAAUGAAUCCCACAGAACUUUAUUUUAUUUUAUAUCCAGUUUGACACUUUAGCUAGCUCUGGCUAACAUUACACUACUGGAAAUCAACUCUUCUCCAGUAGUAGCCAUGUUGGUUUGGAUUGGUUGGAUUGGUUAGGGUGACUUCACCAUCCUGGGAAAACAAGGCAAAAGGACACUGUUGGGAAGUAGCAGAGUCCCGUUUUGGGGGGCUGAUAAAUAACAUGGUAUCAGAUCGGUGCACAGACACGUACUCCGCAGAGACCAGAGGCAUUUCCACUGUAGGUAUUAGUAUCAGAACAACUCUGAUAGUGGUAUAUGAAAGUUUACAGAUUGAAGGAAUUAAUGAAAGAAGAAAUGUAUAAAUGUCCAGUUUACUAGCCUUGCACAUGCAUAUGAAAGCUGCUGAUGGAAGAGAAAGAGUGUUACCAUUCAGAGAAGUCAGCGUUAUGUGUUCUCUUGGAAUACCUGCUGGCUAUUAUUACAUUUUAAAGUCUAAGUUCACUUGUCGUCACACAGCCGCGCCCUCUGACACACACGUGCAUUUGGCUUUUAAACGUGGAGGUGACAUAAAUGUGACCUUUGCAGUGUAAUAGAAGGCCCAAGGGAAGGUGGAGGCAAAAACAAGAAGUGGGAACGAAAGAAAAAAACAAACAGUAGAAGUGGAGUGGGGACUAGAGACUGGAAAGCAAAUUCGUCAGAGUGCUCUGGAGCUGUCACAGCCAGCAUAAAAUAUGUGUGUGUAAGUGUGUGUCAGCGUGUGUAGGUGUGUGUAGGUGUGUGUGGUGUGUGUCUGUGUGUUUGUGUGUGUGUGUGUGUGUGUCUGUGUCUGUGUCUGUGUGUUUGUGUGUGUGAAUGUGAGGGACAAAGAGCAAAGCAGCUCCACACUGUAGGUGCAUACAUGUUUCUGGUUCACUUUACUAUGCUGACAUCCCGAGUAAACCUUUGAACCCUGCACAUAUUAACAAAAGGGGUCACAGACCUCCUGUAGAAAUGCAACUCAGAUGGAAAUAUAGGCUUUUAAAAAAAUAAUAGCAUGCUGGUGGUGAAGAUAUAAUUAGGACAUACAGUAGUGAGGAAGUAGCUUUCAUAAUGUAGCGGAAAACUUAAGCACUGAAGUGUGCUCAGGUACAAUGUAGGCUCACUCAUCCAUGCGCAAAGCCGCACACAUUAUAAGAUAGAAAACAUUGUAGAGUGGGGAGGUUCUUUCUUUACUGUAAGACUAAAAUCUACCAGUAAUGUGAGAAAAUUAAUUUUUUCUUCUAGUGCAAAUUAAUGUGUUUAAACACAGAAAAGUGAAAAAAAAAAAAAAACUUGAGAAAUCUGCCUCAUUUGACAUCACAAUGUGUGUAAGAAAAUUUAACAAGUUGAAUUCAGGUUGACGAAAGUAAUGUUUGGUUUGAGAAAAAAUCAUUUCGGGGUCAAUUAAAAAAAACUUGUUAAGAGGGAAAUUUUCACAGUGCGUGCUGACUUCCUUGAUCUAUCCCCCUCAAUGACAUGCACAUGGAGGCAUCAGCUAACAGGUAUUCAUUAGACAUGUGAAGCUGCUGCCUGGUGUAUGUGUGUGUUUGAGCUGUUUCCCCACCCGUCUCUCUCCUCCUCUCGCUCUCUUGCACAUCUCUUUGGGAACAUCAAAGGUAUUAGUGCGGUAUUUUCAGGUAGGGAGCCUUCGGGGCUUUAGUGGUGUUUCUUUGGGAGUUUUGGAGAAUUGUGUUAUCUCUCCUUUUGCGGAGCCCCUUUUGCAGACAAACGCUCCCGAAAUGUCCCCGAACGGAAAAGCAGCAGUGUGUUAAAAAGGCCUUCUGACAGCAACUCUGCUCUCUUCUCUGUCACGCCGCGUGACCACUUGGUGUACGCCUCUGGCACUGUCCGGUCUACUGCGUCCAAUAAUGCACCCUACAUAGACAGAGUGAGAGAGAGAGAGAGAGACACACACACACACACAUAUCACGCACAUACACAUCCGGGCACACAAGCUACAGGGACGCACAUACACAGCAACUCUGACAAAACUCAAAGAGACAUGAAACUCAGAGGGAACGCAUACUCACUUUCCAGUAGUCACACAAGUGCACCUACGUACACACACUCUUUGAAUUUCCUAAUAAAGCGCGUAAAGGUGUGUUUCUGUUGUUUUGGUAGCUCACACAAAAUGAGCUCUCCGAGUGCACAUUGAUCCAUCUGCCUAGUGUUGCCAAAAAAAAAAAGAUGGCCGUCUCUAGAUUACCCUGGAAAUGGACAGAGGCUUGUGUCUUUGUGAGAGUUGAUCCAUGUGGCUGAUAAAACAUGUUUACCUGUCGGAUACUUCAACAUUGUGCCAAGCCAGCCAAGCAGUCAAAACUGCUGCGCGAAGCCAAGAAAAACCCAUUUCAUUUAAAGGAAAGAAAGAAAGAAAGAAAGAUUCAUUCAGAGCAUGAGAAAGAUGCAGAGAAAGAGACAAUAAGACGGAGGUGGAGGAGCGUAGAAUACGAGAUCUAGAGAUGGGAUAGUGAAGGCGCUAUGAUUGGGAUGAGCUGUUUCUGGCAGACUUUUCUGCUCGUGAAUGUUUGUCUAUAUAAUAUUGUGAAGGUGUGCAUAAGAGAGGAGAGGGAGGCAGAAUACAUAGCAUGUUUGUUUGUGUGCACAGAGAAUAGCCCGUUCCCCUCAGCUGUGUCACUCACUGCUUAGUAAUGCCAAACAGGAAAUCAAUGUGGCCCGCUGUGUGUGUUUGUGUGCCUGUUUCUGUGUGUGUGUGCGUGUCUCUAGACACUUCUGGCUGCCAGUGUUUCUCUCUUGGAAAGUGUGUGUUUGUGCGUGUGUGAGUGUGAGAGAAAGAGAUGUGUCUGCCCACAGGCCAAAGGCAAACCCAUGCCAGGGAAAGCAGGGCAGUGCCAUCCUUCUCUCCCUGUGCUGUAUUCCCUUUCUGCAAAUCAAUGUCCCUGCUCAGUUUAGCAGUCAAGCCGAUCAGUCUUGCUAGCUCUGCUAUUAUAAAAAACCACAACUGGGCUGAAAACUCUCUGCAGCAACUUGGAUCAAUUCUAAUGCAGGAAGUUGAUUCACUUUACUUUGCUAGAAGACUCACAAAUUAUCAAGCUGAAUUGCACAACAGGACAAAAAAAAAAGUUACCAAAGGGGCCAGGUUGUUGGACGUUUUUACUCUGAAUGGCACAGAAAUGCAUUUUGGCACCUAGUACACAUAAUCUGUCUAUGACAAUGUUUUUUUGCAAUACAGUGAAGAUGCACAUCAACUGAGACACGAUACUUGACUUGUAACUAGGUAAUCCACUGAUAUUUAGAACAUACGGUAAAGUUACUGCACAAAUUGGGUAUUUGCAGUUUCAAGCUUUCGGUUUCGGACUUAAGACAAAGCUGAAAUAGUCUACAUAUUUAUAGUAACUUGUAGUUUUAAAGCCCAAAAGUAAUCAUCACCUAACUCUUGAGUUUCCCUCAGCUUUAUGGAUGCCUUUUAGCGCAUUGUUUUGGUUUUACAGCCCACAGCUUUACUGCUUCACUCACAUCAGCAUUGUUUCCAGAUACAGCAGGCAGCUGUUAAAGCUCACUAUAAACGGCCUGCUCAGCACCAUACUGCUAAAGUUAUUGGCUAGCUGGUGGACAUAUUGGAGCAUUUAGCAGAUAAAGAGCCAGAAAGGUUCCCCAGGAGUUGGUGGAGAGUGAAAACAGAGCUGAAAGGAGAAGACAUAUUGGACACAAACAUGACUCCAAAUGAACGCUCAAAAAGCUACCGUUUGCCAUUUCUGUAGAACUUUAGAAGGUAAUAAUAUGUUGGUGUCCACAACUGGACAAGUGGCUAUCAUCAGGAGCAGUUGAUUCCCAGCCACCUCUCCCUGCUCCUGGUGAUGGUUUUAAAAGCUAAAUCCAAAGCUUGAAACUGCACAUAUGCCUUUGUCCCUUUUGGAGUAACUCUACUCUUAUACUUAACGUGUGUUUUAGUAUAGUUGUUUGUCUAAGCAGGAACAGAUUCUAUUCAUACAGUCCACUCAUGUACUUGUACAGCAGUUUCAAAUCCACCACUCAAGUGUUACAGGUGUCAUUUUAUCAGAGCUGAAUUCCCACCUACCAGUUUAAAGUGUUAGCAGAUAAAGCACUGUAGUGUAGCCAUUCUGAUUUUCUUUCCAUAAUAUGCAAGGUCACUGCAUUUAUUGCUACAUGAUCUUCAAUAUCUGCUGUUUUCAGUUAUUCAGCACUGUCUCCAGUAUACUGUGCAAUAUUGUUUGAAGCAAAAAGAUGAGGGAACGCUACACUAUAUUUUUAGCGACCUUUUAUGCAAAUGAAUAAGAGCAAAUAAAGCUUUUUAAAAAUUCUAAUCCGAAGCACUUUAAAUGACAUUAGUUGUUGAUGCUGAAUGAACAUUGAACUUGAUUUAGAAGCUACUUCCAUUUGGUUUGACAGUAUCCGUUUUGAUUUCUCUUAUUCUUUCUUUCCCAGUGUGUCUCUGUCACAUAUUUUUCUAGAAAGCCGCGUGAGACAGCAAUAAAGGUUGAACCAAAAAUCCGACGAGUGUUUUGUCUAAUCUUCCGUUGGAGCUUUGUAACCUUUUGUAACCUGCCUUGUUUUCUUUAAUAAGUUGCUUCCACCCAGAUUGCUUGCAUGUUAAACCAAUAACCUCCAGGCGUGUUUACCUUUAAUGUUAAACUGUAGGUCAAAGGCAAAAUGUUCAUCAACAUCGGAGCAAAAGGUGGUGCUGUGCUAUCAAUGAGCGGUCCUAUGGUGGGAGGUGCUACUAUUACGACAGUCAGUGCUGUUCAUUGAUCUGGACUAUAGACCCUCGCCGACCAAAUGCAAACACAAACACAAAGCUGCUGACCUCAGUUCAAGGUGAAAGAGAAACCUCAUUCUCAGUUUUGUUAUUCUUGUUUUCACUGUCUACUGGUUGUAUUUCUGUCAAAAUAAAGUAUGAUUGUGAAACAAA